CCAAAAAAAAAAAAAGAGAAGAAAAAGACUCAACAUGGUUCAUGCUGAUGGUCAUAAUUUUCCCGGUUCGGAUCCAAACCCUCAUAUGAACAAGUUCGCUUUCGGGUGUGCCAUUGUUGCUUCCAUCAUUUCUAUCAUCUUUGGAUAUGAUACGGGAGUUAUGAGCGGAGCUCAGAUAUUUAUAAGAGAUGAUCUAAAAAUAAACGACACUCAGAUUGAAGUUUUGGCCGGAAUCUUGAAUCUUUGUGCACUCGUCGGAUCACUAACGGCGGGGAAAACGUCUGACGUCAUCGGCCGACGUUACACCAUAGCUCUCUCCGCCGUGAUAUUCUUAGUGGGCUCAGUUCUUAUGGGUUACGGCCCAAACUAUCCUGUUUUGAUGGUCGGACGAUGUAUUGCCGGAGUUGGUGUAGGGUUUGCUCUCAUGAUAGCUCCGGUUUACUCUGCCGAGAUAUCCUCUGCGUCACAUAGAGGCUUUCUCACUUCUCUACCUGAGCUUUGUAUUAGUCUUGGGAUUUUACUAGGCUAUGUCUCGAAUUACUGUUUUGGGAAACUGACGUUGAAACUUGGAUGGAGAUUGAUGCUUGGAAUCGCAGCGUUCCCGUCUUUGAUAUUGGCUUUUGGGAUUACAAGAAUGCCCGAGUCGCCGAGGUGGCUUGUGAUGCAAGGUAGGUUAGAAGAAGCCAAGAAAAUAAUGGUUUUGGUAUCCAAUACGGAAGAAGAAGCUGAAGAACGGUUCAGAGACAUCUUAACCGCUGCGGAAGUAGAUGUGACAGAGAUAAAAGAAGUUGGUGGCGGCGUUAAGAAGAAGAAUCACGGUAAAAGUGUUUGGAGGGAGUUGGUGAUAAAACCGCGACCUGCGGUGCGUUUGAUCUUGAUAGCGGCCGUUGGGAUACACUUUUUCGAGCAUGCGACGGGGAUUGAGGCCGUCGUGUUGUACAGCCCGAGAAUUUUCAAGAAAGCCGGAGUUGUUUCGAAAGACAAGCUCUUACUAGCCACGGUCGGUGUAGGUUUAACUAAGGCCUUUUUCAUAAUAAUAGCCACUUUCUUGCUCGACAAGGUAGGUCGUAGAAAGCUCCUGUUGACCAGUACGGGUGGGAUGGUCUUCGCAUUGACCAGUUUAGCGGUUAGUCUCACGAUGGUUCAGCGAUUUGGGCGGUUAGCGUGGGCAUUGAGUUUAAGCAUCGUCUCUACGUAUGCAUUUGUAGCUUUUUUCUCCAUAGGGCUUGGACCUAUCACAUGGGUGUACAGCUCCGAGAUAUUCCCGUUGAGACUUAGGGCUCAGGGAGCGAGUAUAGGUGUUGCGGUUAAUAGGAUCAUGAACGCGACGGUCUCAAUGAGUUUUCUGUCGAUGACGAAGGCGAUCACGACAGGGGGCGUGUUCUUCGUAUUCGCCGGAAUAGCGGUGGCGGCAUGGUGGUUCUUCUUCUUUAUGUUGCCGGAGACGAAAGGAUUGCCAUUGGAGGAGAUGGAGAAGCUUUUUGGUGGUGGGGGUCCUCGUGGUGAUCGUGACGGACUUGAGAUUCAAACUAAAACCAUCUCUAUUGGGGGUUUCUCAUAAGAGUUUCUCACAAUUAAAAAAAUAAAAAUAAUAAAAAUGAAGGAGAGAGAGUGUAGAAAGAUUCUCAGAAACUUUGAGAUACUCUCUACAACCCAUCAUGACAAUUCGCUUCUCACUAUUGGUUCAACUUUUUAACAAAAAUAUUUUUUUAAUCAAAAAUUCAAAUUAUAAUAUAAUAUUAAUUUUUUUUUGUUUGAGAAACUUUGUGGGUUUCUCAUGGAUGGAGAUGCCCUUAGAGAGUCAAUAAUUAGGUUAGAUUAUCAUGGCUAUGUAGAAUAAUUUUUAAAUCCAACAUGAUUUGGCAUAUCUAUUAUAAGGUGUGAUUUUUUGUAAAGGACAAAGUAUGAUUUUUAUAUUCAUCCCUUUUUACUGUAGCUAAUGAGAAUCUACAACCUAAUAAAAAACAAUAACAAUUAUUUAAUUAUAAAAUCUAAUAGUUCACCAAAACAAAAUCAUAUAUCGGUUUGGAUUUAUAAGAGAG